CGCUUUGAUAUAUGAGAAUUUAUUUCACAGUCUGGAAAUUGUCUGUGAGCUGCUAAAUGACGUCUCACUUUAAAUGCAUUGGAUAUUGGACUGGUUAAGACCAAAGAUGCACGUAUAAAGUUUGAUCUAGUGAAGGCCGUUUGAAGGGCGUCUAAUUGCUAAAUGGAUAGUGAUUGCGUAUCAGAGAUAGAGUCGUGUUUAGGUGGAGUGAAACAAUUUCUGCGUUGCCCAAUAUGCUUAGAUGAUGUUCAGAAUCCUGUGAUAACACCAUGCUCUCAUGUUUACUGCAAGUUCUGUAUGGAUAAACAUUUUGAAAAGAAACGGAACGCCAGUUGUCCUCUUUGUAACAAAAACAUUACUACUAGAUCACUUAAAGCUACAAGCAAAGUUGUCAAUAUUAUCGAGCUAUGUAGAAAAGUAUUGUCUUGUUAUGAACAAGAAGCAGGAACUAGACUUCUCCCUCAAGACCUUGGGAACAGUUUGCAUCUUAGCCAGGAAUUAACACAGGCUCCAGUGAAUAACGUUGAGACGUCUAAUUUUCAAACCAGAGUGGUUCCUAAUACGUAUCAACAAGCUGAUAAAGGGGCUUCUGCUAUCAGGCCCCGAAAUCGUAUACUUUUGGGGACAACUGCACGCACACAACGAACAAAGCAAUUAUACAAACAGCACAAUGCCAUGCACUCUGAGGAUGUUGUGUUAACUCAGCCAAUGUGUGACCCAGAUGCUUCAGCGAAAGUUCAAAUUCAAAGUUUAGCAAACGGAGAAGAGAAAACUGAUACGUUUUUUGAAUUAUUUAGUUUAACCCAACAGACUCAACCUAUGGUUGAUUCCUCUGACGGUGGUUCUUUGUUCGUACCCGUGGAAGGAAUGCUGCGAAAUAAUCUGUUAGCCGAUGUCGCAACCAGUUCGAUUGCUGCAAAAUCUAAGCAGCAGUAUGCGUCUAAGUUUUCGAAGAAAUCCAAACGGGUCAAGCGUUCCGCAUGUCUUCCUCCUCUGCCACCCGUUAUGAAAACAGGGUUUGUCACUGGUGAAACUCCAGGACCCAACCCUCGUAACUCAUUUUCUCGUCUUACCUCCGCGACACUGAAAAGGUCAUCCGAUGCACCGUGUGAAGGUGAAAUCACUAGGAAACACUGUCGAAGGGAGUCGAAUUGUUCGGUGCUAUCUGGUCAAGGUUUGGUCACUAAAACUCACGAGGUUGUAUGCCAUGUUCAGCCGUCAGAGAACUUAUCAGCCAAUAUAAAAAGCCGUACAAACUCAUCUAAGCAGCAGGUGAACGAAAACGCAGGACUAUUACCAGCAGAAAAUAGCUUGCUGAAACCUACUUCCAGUUUGAAAAAACGAUCCCAUUCUUUUGGUGGGACUUUGUCUCACACAGCAUCGGUUGUAGCUGGAAAACGUUUGCUUCAAAAGUACCGUAAUAAACCUCAUCGCUUGUCAGCAGUACACAAUAGUUUGUCUUCAAAAAGCCCAGGUUGGUCACGUUGGCGUCAAAUGUGCAGAGAACUUCGGCGUCGAAGCUCUUCCCUACGAUUAGCAUUUCGUAGAUCAUCUAGUGUUGUCGGUAAAAGUGAACGGAAAGCGUACUCAGAGUCAGGAGAAAAUCCUACAAACGAUCUCCCCAGGCGCUCUUCAUCUCUUUCUAGCCGCAUUGGAAUUUCUUUGUCUAAAUUAAAACACAGUACAAAACGAAAUAAGCACAGAGUUACUGAACCAAAUGCUCAAACCACUAUAUCAUUUGGGACAUCAGUGGAUGGUUCUGAUAUUUCACUUAACACUCUUCCUGGAUGUAAUGUAGCGUUAGGCAAAUCUGAAGGUAACUGUGUUACUGGGUCAGGUUUUAAAAAGCUAAGCUGCUCUAAAGAAAACUGCCAUUUCAUCAUGCCCUUACGGCGUUUACUGUCACGUGAUUACUUCCAUUCCAGAUCAUUACAUUCCCGUUUACGAUCUUCUUUGCGUCGUAAUGAAGCUGGUUGUUGUUCUCCCAUAAUUCAGGUUGAGUCGCCUCAUGGUUACUCUGCCAACAAAUGUGACCUGGAUUCUCCUGAGCCUCGUCCACAGCUUGAUGGGUCCAACGUAUCCACCUUAUCAUAUUCACUGAUGGGUUCUCAUUGCGAUAUUUAUCUUCAGCCUCUGCACUGCAGCGCGUGUGGCGAGACGCUUAUAUUAAAUCCUGAUGUCAGUAAUGUGAAUAUACUGUCACCAGUGUCGCAACAUGGUUCUGAGCUGGUGUUACGCCCACCUGCAUCCGACCGGUCUUGUUCCAUUUCUUCAUCGUACUGGCAAGCUGAGGACCCAGGUGAUACUAUUUUCACAGAUGCACAUCUAGAUGCUCUGGUUGAAGCAAAUCGUCGUUACGUUUCAGAGUCAGAUGGGGAUCAUUUCACGAAACAAUCCAGGUCAUCUUUCCCUUUAAAUUCGUGCGGGGUAUCAUUCCCUGUCAGUUCGAAAACAGAUUCUACAGAAAAGUGUGAAACUAUACUGAAAGCUGAAGUUUCGAAUCCAGUUCCUGUAGCAUUACAACCUGACAAUUUAAUUACAGUGGCAUCUUCAGAUCGUGUCAGUAGUGGUGUGACACCGAAUGAUGAUGGUAAAAUUCAAGGGGAUCUUAUUACAUCACCAAAAUGUGACCAUGGGGCUGCUAAGUCUCCAAACCUGCAGAAUACUGAGUUGCUGGAAUAUCCGGAUCAGUCUAAUAUAUCUACUUUCCCGGGAAGUUGUAGUGAAAUUAUGCCAACGGUAGACCGUGAACGUUUACGUCACGAGUGUGAAGAAUUGGAAGCUGUCGUUGCGGCUUUGCAGAAGCAACUAGAAGCUCAAGCUAAUGAACUAAGUCCAAACACGACCGCUGAAAUUGUUAGAUCAGCUUGUACUGAACCGUUGAAUGAUUCUCCUACUAGUCCAAUUACAUGUAAUGAGCAGGAGCAAAAUGAACAACCAACUUUUAAUAGUGUAAAGCAAGCCAUAAUAAACAUUGAAAAGAUUCAAUGUGAUGCUAAACCCUUAAGCCAUUCUGUAUCGCCUAAAUUGUCUCAGGUUAUGGAAACGUGUGCGUCAGAAACAGUUGAUAUCAUCCCAUCAUCUCAAACAGAAGAUGAACCGGAAGAUUGUCAUGGGAAUGUAAAGCAUGCCGUUUCUACCUCUCAGUCAGCAAUAUCAGCACUUAAACCUUCCGGGCAAUCGAGUCAAGAUGCAUCGAUAAAGUUACCCAGUACCUUGAAUAGUUCUUUGUGUGAUGUCAUUCCAGGUACCUUUUCUGGAUCUACACAAACUGUUCGUGAUCCCAUUUCACCAAGUCAAAUUGCGUUAAGCAAUAUUACUCAGUGUCCUGAGACAAAUUUAGGCUCACUUAGUACACAAGGGAACGAAAACUGGACUCCUAUGGUGUCUGAAAAAAGUCAACUGAAUAUUGCUGUAACAGGUUCUAAUUUAUCACCAUCAGAUGCUGCUUUGUUGUACAAGUUUUGUUUACAGUUUAAUAUUCCGGAGCACAGUCGUUUUAUUCCUCAAAAGACAACUCAUGUUGUGAUUAAAGAAGAAACAGGUCGUCCUCGUGUAGUUAAACGUACCUUGAAGUAUUUCAUGGGUAUUCUUAACCGAGCAUGGGUUGUCAAUACAGAUUGGGUUCGUGAAUGUGUUACAUCAAAAAGGCUUGUAGAUGAGGCUCCCUAUGAAAUUGAAGGUGAUACAGUUUGUGGAGAUUGUCAUGAAGGUCCUAAACGUGGAAGGCUAGGUGUCCCAGCUAUUCCUCAAUCGAUUAGCGGCUUACCAUUCCGAAACCAAGCCAACCAGUUGAAUGAUAUUAGUUACAGUGAUCGUCGUCCAUUUUCGGAAUUAUGGUUGUGUGCCUAUCGUAAUUUAGGAGCUCUACAGCUAUCUGAUUUUUGUCAACUUGCAUCAGAUGGUGGAGCUGCACGAGUAUUUGAAAAGCCUGUAGAUUUAAUGAAUGCAACGAAUAAACUGGCUCAGUCGGCGGAUAAUACUGGUACAAAUGUACGAAAGCCGCGUGCAAUAAUACUUACGGAUAGAGAUUCUCUUGAUUUCAGCCUUCAGGAUUGUCAAGAACUUUAUCGAAUCUACGGCGUUCCUGUUAUCAGUAUUGAAUGGAUGCUGAAUUGUAUUUCACUAUAUCGUCGUCUGCCAAUUAAUCAAGUUUAUCGUAUAUGUCCAACUCCUCAGCCUGUAUCUGUUUCGAUUCCUAAAUCAUAAUUUUUAUAGUAUUCACUGUUUUCUUAACUGUAUAACUUCAUGUAUCUUUUCAAUUUAUCAGAAGCAUAUUCGAAGAAAUAUUUUUCCAACGUAUAAUAUUGAUCUAUUACACAUUUUUCAUUCAUUGCUCGGUAAUUUUAUUAUACAAAUCAUUUGAUUCUCGUCUUGAAACCAAUAAUAAUUAUUUAAUGGAUUCUUGCUAUAAUUACUGAUUGAAAAGUUUGUCAAUGUCCUUGACACAUGCACAUAUAUAUUUUUGCAUAUUAAUUAAUUAUUUUGUGAUUAUUAUUAUUUGUUUUCUCAACGAAAUGUACUAUUUUCUUGAAAACACAUAUAUUUUCUUAAUUUUUUUUAAUUGUUUAUAUUUAUCUCUAUACGCAUUCGAUGUUGGUGGUAAUUCUUUUUCCUAUUCUUUUUUCCCGUUUUUAAUAUUUAUUUUAAUAUUUCUGUGUAAAAUCAUUGAACAUAUUGCAUAAACAAACUUGGAAGUUAUUCGUACCUACUAACUAGUAGCAUUUCGCUAUAUUCUUCUUCUUCUGGGGUGGUGCUGGUGCUAGUGGAAGUGCAUGAAAGCUAUAAAUACAUGAUAAUCAACGUUUACAAGUCUUUUGUUAAAACAAUAAAAUAAAGUUACAGGAUUUCAUUAUGAGCUGACAUUAGUUAGAGAACCAUUGGAAAACC